AUGCGCCUGCACCGGAUCUAUGACAAGGAAACCAUUGCUUCGAUCAUUCAGGAAGCCAAGGUUAUGCACGUCGCUUUUAUUGACGCACAAGGCCUUCCUCAGUGUAUUCCCAUGCUCGGGGUAUGGGACGAAGAUGAAACCGGGCAGUGCUAUAUGUAUUUUCAUGGAUAUCCAACUGCACGGAUCAUGAAUAACUUGUCUGACCCUGGAACGCCAAUCGUUGCGACCGCGACAUUAGUUGAUGGCCUAGUUUUGGCGCUUUCCGCGUUCUCUCAUUCGAUGAAUUAUCGCUCUGCCGUCGUACAUGGUGUUGUACUACCGAUCACCUCGGAAGAAGAAAAGAAUGACGCUUUUCAAAAGGUGGUAGAAGGAAUCGCACCUGGGCGUUGGGAGAACUCGCGCCAGCCUAACGAAGAAGAAAGGCAAGGAACUGGUAUCUUGAGAAUCAAAGUCGAGACCGCUAGUGCCAAAGUUCGAACCGGUCCGGCUAAAGAUAGCGAAAAGGCAAGUACCCCAAUUCGGUAUUUGAAAGUUUGUCUUAACCGCAAUUUUCUACAGGAUGUAGCAGACAAAGAGCUCAUUUCGAACACAUGGACCGGUGUUAUCCCGCUGCGAACUAUCCCCGGUGUUCCUGAACCAUCGAGUUACUGUACGAUUCCUGCGCCUCCGCAUGUAUCUGCCCUGGCAGCCACUCGGCAUGGAGCGUGA